GGAAAUUACAUGGAGGGAAUUGUAAUGCCCGAUUUGCAUGUUGCAACGUGUUUAUGCGCUGUGAUAAAAUGUGAGAAUAUCCAGAAAAUUAAUGUGGCAUUUUGGGCCUAAUGGCCCAGUUGAGCUACAACUCUCCUACCUACAAGAUCCAGAUACAUUUCCCUCAAAAAAAAAAAACAAGAUCAGACACACCCACGAACUGUCCAAACCGGCAAACCCCCGCCCCCUCCCCAAAUCGCCAAUCACCCGCCGCCGCCGCCGCCCAUGUCUCCGUCGUCCUCCUCCGACGAGGCCGCGAUCUCCUCCGUCUCGUCCGAGGACGACGACAUCAGCCUCCCGCCGUCACCUUCCCCGUCUCCCGAGCCCUCUCCCGAACCUUACGCGUCCUCCUCGGACGGCGCGGCCGAGGCGCCCGCGGCCAAGAAACCGCGACGACCGCGGACCGGCACCGAGGCGCGGCUGCGAAGGUGGCCGAGCGCCGACGAGGUGGUCCUCCUGGAGGCCGUCGUCGCGCACCGGGAGCGGCGCGGGCAGCUCCCCUCCCGCGACGACCUCGCGGCCGCCCUCGCCGGCCGCAUCCGGUUCAGCGGCGAGCAGGCCGCCGAGCGCGUGUCCAACCUGCGCAACCGAUACUACGGCUCCGUCCGGCGGCUCUCCCGCGGCACCGUCCCCGUCACGGACGACGACAUGAGGGUCUACAAGCUCUCCAAGCGCCUCUGGGAGGGCACGGUGGCGGACACGCUGGCGGAGAGGGCGCGGCGCCGGGAGCGUCGCGCCGCCGACAAGGCCGCGAGGCGCCACCACGAGCGGAGGGGCUUCGCGGAGCUCGAGGCGCUGUACCCCUGCCUCGCCGCGGAGGUGGACGCGAUCGCGUCUCGGCGGCCCUGCGGGGUGCUCAGGACGGCGUUCGGGAUGAUCGGCGACGAGAGGGCGGCGGCGCUGGAGGCCAGGGUCAGGAAGCAGCGGCGCGCGGAGCUGAAGGCCGGGAUGAAGCGCGCCGAGCUGAGGGACCAGGUGGCCAGGACGCUGCUCGAGUUCAUCGAAUGAUUUGAUUUCUUCCAGCAAAAAAAAAAGAAGUGAUUUUUCUUUUGCAGGUAGUACAUCCCUUUUUUUAAUAAUUCUUUGCUGGCAGUACAUGGUUAUUACUGAUUUCGCAAAUGGGAUUGCUAAGAAAACCAAGUCUCAA